AAAUCAAACUUAGGGCCUCACACUUUCACAGCAAGAAUUUGGUCCUCUGACCUAUUUCCCAAGUUUCAUAGCUUAGUUUUUUGUUUUCGUUUAUUUUUUUGGAUUUUAUUUUUUAUUUUUUAUUUUUUGUAGACAGCCUAACUUAGACAGCCCAGACUGGCCUUGAAUUCAUGAGUCUGCCCAGGCUUCCAGGUUGCUGAGAUUCUAGGUUCAAGGAUAAAACCCAUCAGGCCCAAGUGCCAUCAUAUUCCACCUUCAGCGUGCUCCUCCACAAUUGGGAUUCAGCCCUGCUGAAAAGUGCAGUCCAGCAGCAAGGGAAUAAAAAAGCCAUGCUUUCACAUAGUGUCAUGGUGAAGCAAAGGAAACAGCAAGCAUCAGCCAUCACAAAGGAGAUCCAUGGAAACGAUGUAGAUGGCAUGAACCUGGGCAAAAAAGUCAGUAUCCCCAGAGACAUCAUGAUAGAAGAAUUGUCUCAUAUCAGUAAUCGUGGUGCCAGACUGUUUAAGAUGCGUCAAAGAAGAUCUGACAAAUAUACCUUUGAAAAUUUCCAGUAUGAAACUAAAGCACAAAUAAACCACAAUAUUGCUAUGCAGAAUGGGAAAAUUGAUGGAAGCAAUCUGGAAGGUGGUUCACAGCAAGCUCCCUCGACUCCUCCCAACACCCCAGAUCCACGAAGCCCCCCAAAUCCAGAGAACAUUGCACCAGGGUAUUCUGGACCCCUGAAGGAAAUCCCUCCAGAAAGAUUUAACACGACGGCUGUUCCCAAGUACUAUCAAUCGCCUUGGGAGCAGGCUAUUGGCAGCGACCCUGAGCUCCUCGAGGCCUUGUACCCGAAACUUUUCAAGCCUGAAGGGAAGGCAGAACUGCCUGAUUACCGAAGCUUUAACAGAGUUGCCACUCCAUUUGGAGGUUUUGAAAAGGCAUCGAAAAUGGUUAAAUUCAAAGUUCCAGAUUUUGAACUACUACUGCUAACAGAUCCCAGGUUCAUGGCCUUUGCCAACCCUCUUUCAGGCAGACGGUCCUUUAACAGGACCCCAAAGGGAUGGAUAUCUGAAAAUAUUCCUGUGGUGAUAACAACUGAACCUACAGAAGACACCAUGGUGCCAGAAUCAGAUGACCUGUGACAAGGAAGCUGGGCAUGCCACAGAAAGCUCUGCAAAUAAAAGCUGCUGUUAGCCUACUUGAUGUCAAAGCCACUUAAGUUCUUCAUUGCUAUAAUCAUUUCAUAGCAGUUAAGUAAACUUGAUCUCAUGGCAUUAAAUUUUAACUGGACAAUUAAAUUCUUAUUUAAAAAGCUUUUAA